AAACGUCCCAUCAGAACCUGACAGUAACUAACAGGAGGAGGAGGAGGAGGAUGCUAACCUUCAUCAUUACGAGGAGCUAAAUGUCUCCCUCUGGCGGCCAGGAAGGAAACCGCAGCUGGCGAGUCACCUCCCAAUGGCGUCAUAGGGGGCGUGGCUUCAGUCGGUUUUAAACCUCGGUCAGGAAGCAGCGCUGAGCAGGAGCGACGCGCCGCAGGACUGUCAGGGUCCGGUUCCGAUCCAGGAGGAGUUUAUAUGGAGGAGGUUCGGCUCCGCUUCCGCUGAGCUGCCGGUUCGGAUCCCUGAGGACCAAACGGAACCAGGAGGAGACAUGGUGAACAGCAGGGUGGAGGCGGCCGUCCGGGCGUGCGCGGGAUGCGGCGGGCGCAUCGCCGACCGCUUCCUGCUCUUCUCCAUGGAGCGCUACUGGCACACCCGCUGCCUGAAAUGCUCCUGCUGCCAGGCCCAGCUGGGCGAGUUCAGCAGCAUCUGCUACAGCAAGGGAGGAAUGAUCCUCUGCAAGAACGACUACAUCAGGCUCUUCGGUCACAGCGGCGCCUGCAGUGCCUGUGGACAGUCCAUCCCGGCCAGUGAGCUGGUGAUGCGGGCUCAGGGCAGCGUCUACCACCUGAAGUGUUUCAGCUGCGCCACCUGCAGGAACCGGCUGGUGCCGGGUGACCGCUUCCACUACGUCAACGGGACGAUCUUCUGCGAACAGGACCGGCCCGGCGCCGCCCUGGUGGCGCUGCAGGGCGGCAGCAUCAUGGCCGACCAAAAGGUUUGCUGAGGAAGAUGAUGGAGCCAGACGUGCCUUCUUCUUCUUCUUCUUCUUCUGAUUCUUCUUCUUCUGCUUCUUCUUCUUCUUCCUCCCCGUCUGUUGCCGUCCUUCGUCAUCAUCUUCGUCCUCCUGAAGGAGCCCAGUGAACCGGACAGCUGGUUCGGUUCGGUCCGGUCAGCAGUGGACGCUCUUCUUCUUGUAAAUAAAGUUUAUUUGGGACGCAACAGGAAGUCCUCCGAGGUUUACCAGGAAAUGAUGAAAACCUGAGGUUUGAACUUUGACUAGGCCACUGCAGCUCCAGCUGAUGAACUCUGAUUGGACGCAUCCUGGACCAAUCAGAGGCUGGAAGACGCGGGUCAAGUGACUGAAAGUCAAGCCCGCAUCAUGAUUCCUCCUCCGCCGCAGGAGGAACUUCCUGUUCAUCUGGUUUCAUUUUUUAUGCAAAUUUGUCAAAAAGCUUCAUUAAAAACAAAAAAUCCUGAAAAUAAAAUGAUUUUCACUGAAA